ACACAGCGCAGGUUACUCGGACUCCUUGGUUGAUUGUUUUUCGUUUGGCACACGUAGAAAGGUGUAACGAGGGCAACACGGAUAGCAGCCCUGUGAUCAGAUUUAGCACUUGUCGACAUUGAUCCAUCCUUACGUAGAAGCAUCUCCCACAAAGGGGGCUUCACAGCUAUCCACUGUCAUGAAGGUCCAGUGUGUGCUACUUAUGCCAUUAGUCGUGUCUGUCGCUAUGGUGGCGAUCGUGCACAUACGGAAAACGGAGUUCAACUAUGAGGAAAAAAAGAGCAAAUUUAUGGAAAUCAAGCUGCGGAUAACCAAUGAUGUGCUGCAAGACCGUCGGACUGAGGAGCUAGAGACGAAAGCCCUGCUGGAGAAGAGCCAACUCGAGCAGAUCGCGCUGCAGAAAGAAGUGAACACACUCGAGCUCAAAGCAGAUGAGACAGUGGCUAAAUCGGACGCCUGCCUGGGAGGCAAGAAAUCUGCGACCGAUGAGCUGGCAUCAGCAGAGACAGAAUUACAAAAUCUCAAAGCUGAAUACGACAAGGAGACUACCGACUUGAAAAACCAAUUGGAGACACUAAAACGGCAACAAACAGAACGGAGCGCAGUGUGUGGCUUUUUGAAACCAGGAUCACACCUAGCAAGCUGUGGCAGUGAAGUGAUUGCAGAGGCCCCCAAACCAGAGGGACCAAAGGCAGAGGCCCCUAAACCAGAGGGACCAAAGGCAGAGGCCCCUAAACCAGAGGAACCAAAGGCAGAGGCCCCUAAGGCAGAGGCCCCUAAACCAGAGGAACCAAAGGCAGAGGCCCCUAAGGCAGAGGCCCCUAAACCAGAGGAACCAAAGGCAGAGGCCCCUAAAGCAGAGGAACCAAAGGCAGCCGCCCCUAAACCAGAGGAACCAAAGGCAGAGGCCCCUAAACCAGAGGAACCAAAGGCCCUUAAGAAGAGAUGAGGUAUUACAACCUGUGUUUUUUCAGAACAAACACAGUAGGACGACUUUGGUUCAUGAUGUUAAUGAAUAUUCCAUAUUUUUUUUGUUUUCAUGCAACAACAUCUGAAUGUAAUUCACACUUUGACGUGGACAUAUGUUUUUGUUUGUGCAUUGGUGCAAAAAGCUUUUGUAAUAAACAGAUUGUGUACUAAUAUAAAUAUUUUGUACUGGCCAGGAUUAAGAGUUCUCUCACAUUUGUUGUAAACGAAAGGCAAUGUAAGAUAUUAUUGACUAAGUAUAACUUACUUUAUACAAGCUUUCUUUGCUUUAUGAGCUGUUAG